AUGAUCAUCGACCAAAGAAUUCCAAUGUUCAUGUCAUCUUUAAUAAUAAAUAUAUUCUGUUUUCUAUUGUUUAUCAAGAUGAAGAAGUUCGGAAGUAGCUCAGAUAUCAAUGAGUUCUCUAUCUUUUAUAUCUUCGGUUCCAUAACAUAUGUCUUCAAUAUAUCAUGCUCGAUCAUUCUCUGCUUGACCACGAAUAAUGACGGCAUGGCUAUAUUCGUCCUAAAGUCAAUAGAUAGCUUGGUCAGUUAUACAGAUAAAUACGAAAAGUCGAUAUCACAGUCAGUGGAAAAAAUUGUGAAGGAUUAUAAUGAAAUUUUGACAAAAAAGGGCGAGGUAUUUUGCCGUGAGGUUUUCGAGGAAAUUGACUGGCAUUUGUUAGGUUUUUCGCAAAUCAGAUCUUUAUACGAAAAUGAAUCGAAUACAGGCUAUAAUGACGGUUUUAACCAAUUUAAUCAGUCCCAUAUAGAGUUGAAUACGAUUCACGUGGACAAUUUUACUCAGACUAUCAACGAAUACGAUAUGGUGCGUGAUUUCAAUGAAAUCAAUUCAACCAAGACUCUCCCAGACUCCGUCAGUCAUAACUCACAAUCGUGCCCACAGAAACACUCACAACAAGACCAUUUUAGACAAACAUUUACACAAUUUAUUGCAGACCGUAAUGAAUUAAAGCAUACAACUCAAGAGCUAUUGGGGAAAUUGCAAGUUCAGCGUAUGGAUAUUGUAACACAUGAUGUUGACUCUGAGGCUAAAUUUUUACAAAAUUACCAAUCUUCACAACCUCAAAAUCUAUCUACAGACCAACACACCUCCUUAUCUGAUACUUUAACCUCCACCACACACUUUGACAAACCUGUUUCAGAGAAUUCUCGAGUUAGCAGCGUGAAGAAUGAGCAAUGCUCGGUAAUACAUAUUGAUGAUCAAUUGAACUACUCUCCGUCUCAAUUAUCUGUGGCGUCAAAUAAUGACAGUCCUGCUAAAUUGCCAUUGUAUAUGUCGCCCAAGUUAACUUGUCAAAGCUACGAAAUGAUUUUCUACGUGCGUCAUCCUUCGAUGAUGGACCACAAGGUUGAUUUAUACGAAGAUGACUUUACCAUAUCAAAUUCGACAUUCAUGACUUCUACAUAUGAAUCUCUUACAUUUAGGGAGAACUCUGACAUGUCUCUGGAAGAUAAGCUGAAUUGUGAUGCGGAAAUCAAUGCCAUACAAGUUAACAAACCCACUGAUAUGAUCGAAUCGCCCAUAGACAAGGCAUCGAGAAGUGACAGUAUUGAGCAUUUAUCUAUCUUUUCUAACUCGGAACUAGACGCCCAGCAUACAUGUCAAUUAUAUGACCAAUCAAUUAACCCCUUCUUCGGAAAUACCCCGAAGAGCAACAGGAAAUCCACUUUGGAGGGAAAUACCCCGAAGUUCAACAGGAAAUCCACUUUGGAGGGAAAUACCCCGAAGUUCAACAGGAAAUCCACUUUGGAGGGAAAUACCCCGAAGAGCAACAGGAAAUCCACUUUGGAGGGAAAUACCCCGAAGUUCAACAGGAAAUCCACUUUGGAGGGAAAUACCCCGAAGGGCAACAGGAAAUCCACUUUGGAGGGAAAUACCCCGAAGAGCAACAGGAAAUCCACUUUGGAGGGAAAUACCCCGAAGAGCAACAGGAAAUCCACUUUGGAGGGAAAUACCCCGAAGAGCAACAAGGAAUCUAAUACCCCCAAAAGUAGGCUAAGUAGUGCCGAUAUGACAUCCAAUGCCUAUAAUAUCGUAUCAAAACCCAACGGCGAUGGGUCUAAAACUUUCAGCAUUGAUAAGAUAAAGAUACCUAAUAGGAAUGGAGUUCCAUGGAGAAUUGACCCAAAUAGAUAUAAUAUGCCUUCUGUUUUCAGUCGUGCAGGUGGUAGGAGAUAUAGAAGUGUGGAUCGAUCCUUAUAUAAUUCUAUAGUUGCCAAUGGCAGCAAAUUAGGCAUGCCAAAUAGGGAAGGGACUUUUGCAUCCAAUAAUGCAUCUAUGGGUUUUGAGAACUGUGUUGGUGGCUCUGGUUUGGGUAGGUUGGAUAAUUUAUGGCGUGAUAUCGCACCAAAAGCUUCGAAUGCUGAAUUUUUGGGUCCAGAUGCCACAUAUGAUGAAAGUCCUUUUCAGAAAAAAUGGGCUUCGCAACCAGUCGAGUCGACCAAGUAUUCACCCAAAAGGUUCUUAGAACACCUAGAUUUCUGA